AGAACGCCUCAGAAGACUUGUGAAAACAGCCAGCCAAAGAAGGGAGUCACGCAGUUGCAGAUGCAGCUCCCACGCUGAGCCACGAGAGACUCAGAGUGUGAUAGAGUGUGAGAGCAGAAACGCCGGAGGACGUCACUUACACUCCCACAGAGAGAGCGCUGUCACUGAAAGGCAUCUAUCCUCACACGUUCUCAGCUGUGGAAGACUCAGCAGCCCCUGACAGAAAUCAGCAUUCUGCAGCAGAUGAAAUGAAAGCUUCGAUAAGUUCUAUGUAGUCAAAAGUGGCAAGAUACAGGUUUGUAGUGCUAGUUUGCUUUCACAGGAGGGUUUAAACACUUAAGAUUGAGCCUAGUCCAUUUGCAUCUCCAUGGAUCAGCCAGCCAGCAGCUGCAUGCGGAGCACCCAUCCUAGCAACCCCAUCUGGGGGUGCAUGAGGAAUCCCCACUCUGGGGUCCCAGGAACCAAUCUGCAGUCACCCUACCAACAAAGCCCAUUCUCCCUGCACCAAAAACCAGAGUUUCUGGCCUAUACGGACUUCUCCACCUCCUGCUUGGUGCCGAGUGCGCCCCAUGCGGCCUACCCUCGUGACGACAGACUCUAUCAAGAUAGCCAAGGAGGUUACCCAAGAGCUGACUGGCAGUUCAACCCCUGCGAGACCAGGUCGAGAUCUACCAACGCCUGCCCACCCGUUUCGGCCGCGGUAGUUGCCACCGGAGGAGGCGGAGGUCCUGAGCUCGAGAGCGUGGGGACUGAAAGGUUGCUGAGCAGUGUCCCCCCUGGGUGUCUGGAUGGAGAAUACUCACCCCAGAGCGUGGCAUCAGCCGACUCGGACAAGAAGAGCUCCAAUAAGAGAAAGAGAGAUGCCACAGAUAUACAGGAUUCCAGUUUUAAGGUAGAUUCCAGCUGCAAGGCCAGGAAAGAGCGCACAGCGUUCACCAAGGAGCAGCUGAGGGAGCUGGAGGCGGAGUUCACCCACCACAACUACUUGACAAGACUCCGUCGCUACGAGAUUGCCGUCAACCUGGACCUCACAGAAAGACAGGUUAAAGUCUGGUUUCAGAACAGGCGGAUGAAGUGGAAGAGAGUCAAGGGAGGACAAUCGGCUUCGCCCAACGACCUGGAAAAUGAUGACAUUGACUCGGCGACUUCACCCAGCUCUGAAUGAAGGAGGCCAGAACUGUAGGAAAUUACAAAAAAAAGUUGUAACUUGAUCAGCUGGACAUGGACACAUUUGUUUAAUUCUGUGGAAAGUUGGCUGCAGGAAGCUUUAAUAUUUGAGACUUCUUUUUUUAAUUAUACUGUUGGAAAAAAAGACUGAGUAGAGCUUUUAUUGUUUUUUGAUGUACAUAGUUGAUGUAAUAAUCAUUGUUUUGACAUUUUACUGAUAAAUACUCAGACUGACAAUCGCUCUCUUUUUGUACUGACUGUUUAAAUAUGAAUGAAACUUGAGCUCAGUGUGGAUUGGUGGCAGACAGAAGCUUUAGGUGUCUCGAUGACAUAUCAGACUGUGAUUGUGUUUGAAAACAUACCCUCUUUGGCCUUUGAUGCUUGACUACAACCACCUGGAAAAACUCCGACUGCACUUUCAUUGCCAAGUCCUAAGUGCCUCCGAGUCAGACGUUUUUUAAAUAAUUUGUCUGUUUCUUCUUUUGCUUAUGAUUUUUUUCAAGCCUUUUUUUUAUUGUUCUUUUUAUACUAUUUGAAUGCCAUUCAUAAAACACAGAUGUUGACUUUUUCUGCAAAGAAUAAAUCAUAUUUUCAAAAACAA